UUUAGUAAGGAAAAUCUAUUUACAGGCUUAAGACUUAAUACUCCUGUUGAUCUUAAUAACUGGGCAAUCAUAUAUCCCAUGAAAUUCAACAAUGAUGCACGGGAUCUUUGUACAACACUUCAACGAGUUGGCCCCCCAAUGGGAAUGUCAGUUGCAGUACCUACUACGCAUGGAUUACGAGGAGAUAGUGCUCAAGAGUAUGUAGGUGCUCUCAAUAAUUGUGCAGGAAAACAAAUGGUUUUGUUGAUUUUACCAAAUAAUAGAGCAGACCGCUAUAGUGCCAUCAAACGUCAUGCAAGUGUGAAGAUGGGCCUUCCAAGCCAGUGUGUGUUAAGCAGAACCUUAUUCAAAAAGCAACGUCUUAUGUCUGUGGCAACGAAAGUAGCAAUCCAGAUAAACUGCAAACUUGGAGGUGAACCCUGGAAUGUUGCCAUUCCAAUUAAGGUGAUAACUUUAUUUUCUUACAUAUAAGGGAUCUACUGUAUUUUAUUCUUAGCAUAUUAUCUAUUGUAGGUUGAUACUAACCACAACUAAGUUAAAUAUAGAUCUACAUUUUUUUUUUUUUUUUUUUUCUCCAAAAUUUCUCGGUAAAAGUGUUUCUUUCAAGUAGACAGUAACAAUAUUGUUAUAUACUCUCAUGGUGAAUACAAAUUAUUAGGAAAUUACAUGUCAAAAAUAUCUAUUGUGUUGCCAUUAAAAUAAAGCUGCAUUUAUGUUGAAAGUAUG